CAGAGAUUUGACAGGUUCAGUCGGUGUCCAAGCAAGCAGCAGAAUGCUUACCGAACUACUCCUGACGAUCUGCUCAGCAGCGUUGCUAUAUCUCUCGUACCGAUAUGCCGUAGGUCGGGCAGUCGGCUUCCCGCCGGGUCCGCCGCGAAUCCCCUUCUUUGGCAGCUACCUCUUCCUGCUGCUGAUCAACUUCAAGUACCUGCACAAGGCGGCGCUCACACUGACCAGAUGGUACAAGUCGGACAUUAUCGGCCUCUACGUGGGCAAGUAUCCCGUGGCCGUGGUCCACAGUGGCGAGGGCGUGCGCGAGGUGCUCAACAAUCAGGUGUUCGAUGGACGUCCCGGCAUCUUCCUGGCGGCCAUGCGCGACCCCGGCGACGAAGUUCGCGGAAUCUUCUUCCAGGAGGGUGCACUGUGGAAGGAGCAGCGACGCUUCAUACUCCGUUACCUGCGUGACUUUGGCUUCGGCCGUCGCUUUGAUGAACUGGAGCUGGUCAUCAAGGAGCAGAUCACGGACAUGCUGGACAUGAUACGCAACGGACCAAAGUACCCGCACGAGCAUCAGCUGGUAAAGCCGGGCGGCUACAGGGUGCAGCUGCCGCUGCUCUUCAAUCCGUUUUCGGUGAACUGUCACUUCCACAUCGUGUACAACGAGCGACAGACGCGAGCGGACAUGGCCGGCUUGGUGCGCCUCGUCCAGAUGGGAAUGCAGUUCCAGCGGCAUGCGGACGACUACGGCCGGCUGCUGAGCAUCAUGCCAUGGAUACGGCACGUCUGGCCGGAGUGGAGUGGCUACAGGAAGCUCAACGAGUCGAAUCGGUUUAUGCGCGAGUUCUUUGCGGAGAUCGUGGACCGCUAUACCGAGAGCUACGAGGAGGGAAGCGAGCGAAACUUCAUGGAUGUCUACAUCAGCGAGAUGAAGUGCUGUCCGGGCUACGGCUUCAACCGGGAGCAGUUCAUCAUGGGCCUCCUCGACUUCUCCAUUCCAGCCUUCACAGCCGUCGGCGUGCAGCUCUCGCUGCUCAUCCAGUACCUGAUGCUGUACCCCGCGGUCACGGAGCGCAUCCAGCAGGAGAUCGACGAGGUGGUGGGCUGUGGCCGCCUGCCAACGCUCGAGGAUCGAAGGAGCAUGCACUACACAGAGGCCACCAUCCGCGAAUGCAUGCGCAUCGAGACACUGGUGCCCUCCGAUGUGCCGCACAAGGCACUGGCCGACACCGAACUGCUCGGCUACCACAUACCCAAAGACACCAUUGUGGUGCCCAGUCUCUAUGCGUAUCACUCGGAUGCGCGCAUCUGGUCAGAUCCGGAGAAUUUCCGUCCCGAGCGCUUCCUCGACGACCAGGGCGAGCUCUGCCUCAAGCUGGACGUAUCCUUUCCGUUUGGGGCGGGCAAGCGGCUCUGCGCGGGCGAGACCUUUGCCCGGAACAUGCUCUUCCUCAUGACGGCGGCCAUGUGCCAGAACUUCAACUUUGUGCUGGCGCCCGGUGACCAGCUGCCCGAUCUGUCCAAGAAUCAGAAUGGCCUAAUAAUCACUACACCCGAUUUCUGGCUGCAGCUGGAGGAUCGCAGAUGUGUGUAGCAUCAAGGAUAAAGGACAUAAAGCUUUAAGACGAACCCAGACUAAUUAUUUGAUAAAGAACAAUAGGUGUACAUAAAUAUAUAUA